AUGACAACAUUGCCGAAGUUUGUGGUGCUCAAGUCGAACUACAACAACAAAUACUUACGAUUCAAUACUAUAGAUGCAGAUGAGAAUCUGAUGCGAGUCAUGCCAACUGCAAGGUAUAUUAAUUUUACAGGAGAGGAAGCAGGGAGCGAACACACAAAAUUUGAAGUGGAGAAGGCAAAGAGUAUUGGGAAUGAGGGACUAGUACACAUUAGAUGCUGCUACAACAAUAAAUACUGGGUGAUGCCUGCUUGUGGUUAUACUCAGAUUGUUGCUGGUGCUGAUGAACCAGAGGAAGACAAAUCCAAGUUCUCAUGUACCUUGUUCGAGCCUGUCUACGCAGAUGAUGAUGGCCUCCCAGUUGAUGAUUCCAGAAGUACGAAUUCUAUAGUACUCCGAUUCCGCCAUGCCCACAAUGGAAAGUACGUGGCCUUGGUACAAAACGAUCCGAAUGAAAAAUACUGGGGUUUCAUGUACACGUAUGGGGAAUCUCCUAGCCAGAGGUUUAUGGAUGUGUUCAUAGUCAUUGACUGGGAAUCGUUGGUGCUAGUCAAGAUACUUCCCAAGCAUGUGGCGUUUAAGGGUGGUAAUGGUCACUACCUCGGUGCCCGCCUGAUCGACCAACACCCACGUUUGCUGCAGUUCGAAUCCACUGACAUUGAAGAUCCAUUAGCAGGAAACGAGGUCUUCACCAAUGCCGAUGGCACCGUUCGCAUAAAAUCCGAUUCCUCAGGAAAAUUCUGGAGGCUCACCGAGGAUGACUGGAUAUGCGCCGACUCAGAUGACUCUACCAACGACGAUUCCCACACAUUGUUUUGGCCCAUCAAAGUAGGCGACAGUGCCAUUGCUCUCCACAACAUGCAGAACAAGAAGUUUUGCAAGAGAUUUACCACCAGCACAAUUACAAGCGGUCUCAAUGCAAACGUCUCCACUAUCGACAAAGAGGCAUACUUGGAGGUGGAAGAGGUUUUCCCCCUGAGGAGAGAUAUCAGUAAUAUUACUCUCCACCUCGACCGUGCAAGGAUUUACAACCAAAACGUUGUCAAUUUAGCCAUGGGUGAACUCUUGUGUGGCCUCAAGAGCAGCACCCACACUGAAGUUCCGGUAAUUGCAGAUGGUAAAAAGUUGACCAUUGGAUUUACUGGAGCAGUCCAAUUUGGAGAAACUGAGACCGUCACAAGUAGUGUAAAGGAUGCUUUGUAUAAGUAUGUUGUGCCAGCAAUGACUAUGGUAAAGGUGAGGUUUGUAGCAGCUGAGGCUUCAUGCGAUGUUCCCUUCUCUUACACCCAGCGCGACACUCGUACGAGUGGGGAAAUAAUUACCAGCAACAUAGACGAUGGAGUUUAUAAUGGUGUGAAUACCUUCGAUUUCAAGUUCGAGUCCACAGAAGAAAAGCUUUGA